AUGCCUCUGUGCAAGGUGUUUGUGCUUAUGCCUCAUCCGCCACCGCCACCGCCACCGCCACCGCCGAGCUGUCUUUUCAUCUCACACCAGAGAAUCAGAGGCUCGACCACCUCUAACUUCACCCAGAAAACAAUCCUAAACCUCUUGAACACUAAAUGCGCCACUUCUCUGCAACAUCUCAAGCAAGUCCAUGCUCUAGUACUGAAGACUGGCCAUUUUCAUGACCAUUACAUAGCAGGAACCUUAGUGAAAAACUAUGCAAAUCCUCAUUUUGGCAGCCUGGACACUUCAGUACAAGUUUUUGAUCACGUGUGGAAGCCGAAUGUUUUUGUUUGGAAUUCAAUGAUCAAGGGAUUUCUGGAUAAUAAUCAGCCAUGUAAAGUCGUAUCCUUUUACUACCGAAUGGUGGUUGAAGAGGCUAAGCCUAAUAAGUUCACAUAUCCUCCAUUGUUCAAGGCUUGCACCACGCUGCAGGCUGUUGAAGAAGGGGUGCAAAUCCAUGCCCAGUCGGUGAAACAUGGGGUGAGAGGAGAUAGGCAUAUAAAAAGUGCAGGAAUUCAGAUGUAUGGGUCGUUUGGGCGGCUUGUGGAGGCUAAGAACAUGCUUGAUGAUGGCGAUGAAUCAGAUGUUGUAUGUUGGAACGCUAUGAUAGAUGGGUAUAUGAGAUGUGGAAAUGUAGAAGCAUCGAGAUUGUUGUUUGGGAAGAUGACACAGAAGAAUGUUGGGACCUGGAAUGCGAUGAUCAGCGGGUUUGCUAGAUGUGGGAUGAUUAAAGAGGCAAGAGAGAUGUUUGAUAAAAUGCCUGAAAGGGAUGAGAUCUCUUGGAGUGCAAUUAUUGAUGGUUACAACAAAGGGGGGCAUUUCAAGGAAGCCUUGGAAGUUUUUCAAGAAAUGCUAAGGGAGAGAAUUAGGCCAAGAAAAUAUGUUCUAUCAAGUGUGCUGGCAGCAUGUGCCAAUUUAGGGGCUCUUGAUCAAGGCAGAUGGAUACAUUCUUACAUAGAGAGGAAUUCAAUUCCACUGGAUGCUGUGUUGGGGACUUCCUUUGUUGAUAUGUACGCACAAUGCGGGCGAAUUGACUUGGCAUGGGAGGUUUUCGAGACAAUGAAACAUAAAGAAGUCUUCUCUUGGAAUGCCAUGAUUGGCGGCCUUGCCAUACAUGGCCGUGCAGAGGAUGCAAUUGAGCUUUUCUUCAAGAUGCAGAGGGAGAAGAUGAGGUCCGAUGGUAUCACUUUUGUGGGUAUUCUGAAUGCUUGCGCUCAUGCUGGAUUAAUUGAUGAAGGGCUAAACCUUUUGGAUUGCAUGGAGGAAGUUUUUGGAGUUGAGCCUACAAUAGAGCACUAUGGUUGUGUAGUUGACCUCCUAGGAAGGGCAGGGCUCUUGGCUGAAGCAGAGGAACUGAUAAAUUGUAUGCCAGUAGAAGCCAAUGCAGCUGUGUGGGGAGCGCUUUUGGGUGCCUGCAGGAAACAUGGAAAUGUAGAGCUGGCUGAGAGAGUGGGGAGGAUCUUGCUCGAGUUGGAGCCAAGAAACAGUGGCCGGUAUGCUUUGUUAUCGAACAUCUAUGCCAAGGCGGGGAGGUGGGAAGAUGCUGAAAAGGUGAGAAAACUAAUGAAAGAAAGAGGGGUCAAAACUAGUACUGGAAGAAGCAUGAUUGAUCUGAAUGGAACAGUUCAUGAGUUCAAAAUGGGAGAGGGGUCAUCACACCCUGAGAUGAAGGAAAUCUACUUGAUGUUGGAAAGAGUCAUUGAGCGGAUGCAGCUGGAAGGGUAUAAACCAAAUACUUGCCAGGUUUUGUUUGAUAUAGAUGAAGAGGAGAAGGAAACUGCACUUGGGUAUCACAGUGAGAAGAUUGCAAUUGCUUUGGGGCUUCUUAAGACAGCACCAGGAACAACCAUCCGGAUUACCAAAAACCUUAGAGUUUGCGAUGACUGCCAUUCUGCCACCAAGCUCAUUUCCAAGAUUUACAACCGGAAGAUAAUCGUCCGAGACCGCGUGAGAUAUCAUCAUUUCCAAAAUGGAACUUGUUCCUGCCGGGAUUUUUGGUAGUUCCCAGAUAGUAGAAAUCAACACAGAACCCCAGAUCAUGAUUAAACUCUUAACUGGAAGAAGAUCAUUCAUUACUCAGAACUGCCUAGAUCUUGAUGGACAAGAUGCUUCCUUCUUGGCUUGAAAUCCUACUGGUAAUAAUCUUCUUGUGGAAGAUGCUUCUUCUCUUAGUUCCUUCUCCAAAAUAAUAUAUCUGCAUAUGGACCA